UCAACGGCUUUUCUGCUCACUGUUACAGUAAUAUCCUCCAGUUUCAUGAGACUGUUUUCGGUUCAGAGCACACACAAACAGUUAAACUAGAGGGGGAGAGUUCUGACAGAGGUUUUUGUCUUCAACUCAGCAGGGAAUUUCAGACAAAUCCCUCUUAGAUGCAGGUGGUCGGGCACAAGCAAAGAGUUAAGUCCUGCAGUCCCUUUGCCCCUCCUCUUUGAUGUUCUGACAUCAUUAGUCCAGCCCCCUGUAAGAUCUUCCAGCUUUCCUCAGAGCCCGUCACUUCUACUCUGGAAUGUUUACAGGAACUUCAUGAGCAGCAUCAGGACCAAGUGUUUGUCAGAGGAAAAAAGAUAUGAUCUGAAGAAACUUUUGGUUCAGGGAUCACAGCGGAUGCCACAGGUGUAGCCGCUGGGCUCAACAGAGUAAUGGCUGUUCAGACUGCAAUCAUGAACCCUCAGUUCAUGAAUUUCUGCUUCCCUGGUUCUGUGAUGGAGUACGAUGUGGAGAAAAGUCUGGAUGGGAGUCUCCUGGGUGAGGCAGAAAAUGACGAGGACUACAAAGAGACCACUAGGGACUUGCUGAGCUUCAUAGACUCAGCCUCCAGCAAUAUCAAGCUGGCCCUGGACAAGCCAGUGAAAUCCAAAAGGAAAGUCAACCACCGGAAGUAUCUACAGAAGCAGAUCAAAAGGUGCACUGGCAUUAUAACACCAGGAAACGUAGCAGAAACCCCAGUCAAAAGACAAGGGUCCCCCCUAGCUCAACCCAGCCCUUUACAGAGCAAAACUCUACCUAAGCGUGAUGGGGUCCAGGCGAACUUACAGAGCAAGAGCUUGGCAGCCCUCUUCAGCCCUGUGAAGGAUAUAAGGGGUGAAAAAGCCAAGAAGCCACCCCUGAGGCACCGCAAUCUGCCCCCCUCUUUCUUCACUGAGCCUGCCAACUGCUCCAAAGUCAGCUCCACAUCUGGGAUGACACUGAAAGACUUGGAACGAGGAAAUCCUGAGGCUGCAGAAUUCUUCGAGCUCUUGGGGCCCGAUUAUAGCAACAUGGUCAGUGACCAGGACCUUUAUCAAAGCAUGCCUCUCCGGGUGCAGCCAGAUAUGGGAGGCCCUGAUCCCAGUUCCUAUGAUGCUCACCAUUUAGUUGGUGGCCUCCUCUACUCUGAACCCUGGACUACCUGCUCUGGACCCUCUAAGAAAUUAGGGGAAAGCCUGAGAACAGGUCCAUCCCAGCCUCCUGUCUACUGUCACUCUGAGGCGACUGCUGGGCCCAUAGAGGACAACGCACUGUGCACUUUGGCCUUCCCCAACUUCUUCACAGACUGCUCCAUACCUCAGGUCACUUAUGAUUUAAGUGGUGGCUAUAACAGACCUAAUUAUUCAUCUCUAUGAGAACCUGACAGUUCUGUUGUUAGAUGUGCUGGUAAAAAUCAGAUAAAAUUGCUGUGACAAGUUUAACAGUAGUCUAAGAGAGUUUGGUAUUGCUGUGUUCUAUUUGUUUAUCUGUUUAUCUGGAAAUAAUAUUGCAACUGGAUUUAAACAUUUUUAUCAUCUUCGCUCAACUGAAUUGUGUGUCAUGGGCCUCCCCCCUCCAAGAAAACCCGUUUUUCUUUCAUGGAAUUAUGUCAAAAGCUCUUCAAAAUUAUUAAAUGCCAGUUUCAUUUUCUACACUGUUCUGUUUAAUGUUAAAUUGUUUCACACGAGGACAUGAUUUUCGUAAUCUCAGGCAACGUCAGAUGACAUUCUGAAUGAAAAUAGAUCUGAUGUCGGGCCUGUUUCAGUUUUUCCACCAGAGUACGUCACUAUGUUCAUCAGACUGAAACAUAUUCAUUUGGAAAUUUGUCAGUGAGACAUUUCAUUACCUUUUUCACAUUUUACAAAAACAAAACAUACAGCCCACAGAAAUAGUUGUUGGGUUAGUCCACUAAACAUCAGUUAUUGCUAGGAAAUUAUAUUAUAGAACUGUUUGUCACAUCUGACAAAACAUGCUGCAACAAUCUCACAGUGAGGCACUUUUUCAGUCCUAGUAGUAACGAUUCUGAGCAGAUACGUGGAGGGGGGAAACCCAUUUGCUGAAACGAUGAUCGCAACAACAUGUGAUGCCAUAUUUGUUUUACAGCAUUUUUCGGUUCAGCCGACAGAUUUACCACUUGUAUCCAUUUUUUGGGAAAAACCUUUAAUGUAUCUAGCUAUUGU